UUGGGAUGUAGCUAGCAAACGUAGCAAGUUAGCAAGGGGAGGGGGAUUUAGACCAAAGUUGGAGUGCUAUAUAGUUUGCAGCUAACUGGCUAGCUACCUGUAGCGUUGGCGACUUUGUAACACUGAUCGCUUAAUUGUACGUGCUGGAUUAACAAUGUAACAAGCUUGCUGCUCUGCGAGCGACGUAGCCAGGCUAUGGAUUGCAACAGCCUCUUGCUAGCUAGGGAGCUAGCCAGUUAGUUCUAGAUCGCUAGGUAAUGUAAACUAAAAAGGCGUGACUUGGCGGGAUGGCAUACCUGCCAUUCCAGUAAUUGUUUGUUUAUGCUGCUAUGGUUGUUGGCAAACUAACCUGCGUUGUUCGAAAAGGAAAUUAUUUGUAAGGAGGCCCCACUGGCAAGAAGUUCCGGAGCAAGCCCCAGCUGGCCCGUUACCUGGGCAACUCCAUGGACCUCAGCUCCUUUGACUUUCGCACGGGGAAGAUGCUGAUGAGCAAACUCAACAAGAACCGACAGAGGCUACGCUACGACAAUAACAACCAAAACAAGGGCAAGCCGGACCUGAACACAUCGCUGCCAGUGCGGCAGACGGCCUCCAUCUUCAAACAGCCUGUCACCAAGGUUACCAAUCACCCCAGCAACAAGGUGAAGACGGACCCUCAGAAAGCCAUCGACCAGCCCAGACAGCUCUUCUGGGAGAAGAAGCUGAGCGGCCUGAAUGCUUUCGACAUCGCGGAGGAGCUGGUGAAGACCAUGGAUCUGCCCAAGGGCCUCCAGGGUGUUGGCCCUGGAUGCACAGAUAAGACCCUCCUGUCGGCCAUCGCCAGCGCCCUGCACACCAGCGCCGCCCCCAUCACGGGCCAGCUGUCGGCCGCGGUGGAGAAGAACCCGGGGGUGUGGCUCAACACGUCCCAGCCCCUCUGCAAGGCCUUCAUCGUCACCGACGAGGACAUCAGGAAGCAGGAGGAGCUGGUGUACAGUGUGAGGAAGAGGUUGGAGGAGGCCCUGAUGGCUGACAUGUUGGCUCACGUGGAAGAAGCUUCCAGCGAUGGGGACUGCAAGGAGGAGGGGAACGACAACGACGACAUGGAGGCGGUAUAGCAGAGAACAAGAUGUGUCCCAUGGAAACUAAGGCUACUUCUCUCUUUCCAUGGUUAGGGGGUGCUGUAGAGCAGCCUGGAACAUGGGAGUCCCCUCAUGCCUUCACCAGACCCUGACGCUGGACCCUUUUAUGAGCCCCCCCCAAAAAAACUGCCUUCCUCAUCCUCAUCCUUUUCCUCUGUCCCCAAAGGAUCCCUGGCGGACUCCGCCCUGACCCCAGCACAGCUUGUGAACUUCUGGCUUCACUGCUAGGAAAAACACUUGCUACAAUCCUCAAUCAAAUUGAUUAGUAAUGGAAAACACACACAUGCAGACACACACACCCACGCACACAUGUUGUUAACGGUGCAAAGAAAUGGGAGAGAAGUUACAGUCGGUUUUCAAAUCCAUCGUUGUUGUUUUUUUAAAUUUCUUGUGUUUUAUACACAUCUGUUUUUAUGGACGUUGGUAGAGUAUGCUAAAGAUGGAGAUUUUUUAACAGUUCUUUCAUUUCAUUGGGAACCUCCUUAACUUGAAUGCAAGAAAGAAAAAUAAAUAUUAGAAGUAUAAAGGAUGAAUUUCCCACAUUGGAGGACAGCAGUGUAAUUUACAUAGCAUAGCAUUGCAUGGUGCAUAGCAUUCUUUCUCCUAGCCUCAUCAGUUUUACAUACAGGGUAAGAAACCCUCCUGGGGUAGCCAUCAGACCUGGAUCAAAUACAUAUUUGUUUUGGAUUCAGAUACUUUUCUGCGCUUUACUGAGCUUGUCUGGUGUAUUGGAACCAAUGAAAUACUCUCAGAAAGUGCAAACCCUACCACCUGGUCCUACUGGCAGGCUCAGUUACACCAGGCAAGAUCAAUAGAGCAGAGAAAAGUAUUUGAAUCCAAAGCAAAUACGUAAACACUGGAUUUGUAUGCCACUCUUUAAUGUAUGUGGGAAAAAUCUUUGAUAAAGUUUGUGAAGGUAUAUGGAUGGAGAUGUGCACAGUGCCACUUAAACCUUUAGCUUUUAUGGAUUUACUGGAUAAAGGUGGCUUUCCUGAUGGGCUCUGGUACAAGUACGUGCAUGUUGGAAAUGCGUGUUUUUAUUUCGUUAUUUUUAACAAUGCCAUUUCCACACUGGGGUAAUCCAUUUAAAUCAGUUCGUUCCCUGGUAUUGCCCAGAGCAAAGAUAAUUUUGUCAAGGAUCGUCUUGCAGUGUCAGAACGUUACAGGAAGUGUUGUGUGUGUGUGGUAUUACUCUCACACGGACUCCCCAGUCCACUCAGACCUUAUUAGCUGCUAUGCAACCAUGCUGCACAAUCUGUCGUUAUCCCCACGUUCCCCUCGACGGUCGCGUUGUGGUCGUAACUGGGUCAUGACUUUGCUGGACAAUUGAUCGCUUCUCAGUUACAGACGGCCCUAACUUAUUCCCGCGGGUGCAGAGCUACCCAGGUCGCGCGGCGCUGCCCCAAGUGUUGUGUCCUACUGCUCGGAACGCUUUGUUCGUGGAACGGUGCUAACUGGAGUUCGUUGUUUCCAGUUCGAGGAUAUUCCUUUUUUGUCAAUUCAUGUCCUACCUUUAAGUAAACACUUUGUAUAAAUGAUUCAUGCCAUUGCCAAUGCUGCCUACCCCCCACCAGCUCUCUCUUUUUUUCCUGUAGUGCAGUAUGUUUGGUAGCAGAUCGCGAUGCCGCAUCAACUUUGUUAAAUGGCGUAGGCAAGACGUGGAAAUGUUUCACAUGAUCCCAGAGUGAAGUGACCGUAUAGACACGAUCAGACAACUGAGGUCCUCCACUAAAUUAGUGAAGCACAUCACUUCUGUUUUAACCUUUUGGUGAGAGUGAAAUUGUAAGGUUCAAUUUCUUUUGAAUAGAUGUUCUACAAACUCCUUCUUGCAAAAAACAAUUUAUUUUUUUAAGGAUACGAGUGUGGUGCUUGAAGAAUUUCAGCGGAUGGUAAUUAUGCUUUUUUGCAAGAAGUAGUGUGAGGACUUAUCUUUUAAUUGCACACAAAGAAAUUCAACCAGGAGUGCAAAUGUUCUCUAUUCAACCUGUUUUGUGACAUUAGAGAAGUUAAAACAAGCUUGCAGUUUGAUUUCACUAGAGAAUGUAAAACACAGUUUGUGUUCAACAUCAGCAGGCCAAUUUACCUUUUAUAAAAUUGACAAGUAACUGAUUAAAAUGUCUGUGUAUAUCUUCA